UCAGAGGCUCGCGCCAAAACCAAAUUCUCAAACAGAACUUCAUGAUAUUUUGUUUACAUUUGAGCACUGAUUUUCUUCUAACGAUGCUGGAAUAAAUCUCCGUUAUUCCUGAAUGCAGUUCGGUGUGUCUUAUGGUGGUGAUCUUUGUUUUGAAGUUGUGAUCGUCUUAGAUUGAUAACUUCAUCGCACAUCAGAGGGAGUCUCAACUGAAAUGAUGACAGUGAGUUCCAGCGUAGUAACGACCCAUGAUACCUCAGAAAGAAAAGAUCAAGGGAUUUUUGAUUCAUCAGAUGAUAUCUUGAGCAAGGAACCUCAAGUAAUUCAUGAAACGAGAUCCCAGAAACACGCGAAAGUCAACGGACAACAUGAAGAACACGCGGAAACAAAGGGACCUUCACAUCAACGCUCUGAAAUAUCCACUACUAACAUUCGUGUUUCUAAAAGAAGCACCUCAAGACCUCCAAAAAGACAGAAAAAAUCGAAUUCUCCACCUCAGUCAUCCUUAAAUCAAGAUGGUCAUCAGCCCAUUCAUACUACACCACAACAACAAAAAGGAAAAAAAGUUAAGAGACAGUGGGAAUCAUGGGGUCUUGAGGACAAGAAUGCUUUCUUUGAAGCACUUCAUGAACAUGGGAAAGACUUUGAUAAAAUCCAAGCUCAUUUGUUAGCAAGACAUAAGAGACGUGGAGAUCCUKUGAACCUCAUUAAGAAUAAGGAUCAAGUAAGGCAUUUUUAUUAUCGAACCCUAAAUAAAAUCUCCAAGUAUAUCCCCAAAGACAAGCAGCCAAAUGCAGAAACAGAUCCACACCGAAGAACAGUGCUUGAGCUUGGUGGCUUGACCUGCUAUGGAGAGCUGAGAAAAAAGGGUAUAGGACUUGGAGAAAAAGAUGGCAAAAAGCUCUUUGAGUUAGUAGCAGAUGGAAAGACAUACAUACGAUAUAAGGGACGUACAAAAAAAAUCACACCUCCAACUUGCCGUGCACUGAAAAAGAUUAUAUCUUCUGACAACUUUGAAGCUACUCCACCUCCUAUUCCUUCAAAGAUCAAUGUUGAAUUCUUACCAAGUGAUAAUGCUACUUGGUUAGCAGUUCAACACAUAGCUAAAAACCCUCGAUUGAGGACGACAGUAUCACCUAAGAAACCUCUUCAUAUCAUUCUGGAAUUUCUUAUGAAGAAAUGGCCAGUGAAAUCACCUACUUCCAAAACAAAUGAAGUCCUGUCAAUUUGUAUUAUGAUACCUGUUGGCUUCUUUACAUUAGAAGAAGAAACAAACAAUAUAUCUUGUGAUAACGAGAUUGUAGAAGACACCACAAGUAAUGACACCAUAAAUGUCGAAAAUGAAGCUGAUGCUCUAAAUAAAACGCAGAAUGAAGAUAAGGUUGAUGUCAAUCUUGAAUCUUCAAAGCUUCAAGAACCAAGACUUUCGGAAUUGAAUUCAAUGCAAAGUAAUGCAAAGGAAAGUGCAAGCGCUUCUGUUGCUGGUUCGACAGAAGACUCAACAAAACCUAAGCAAUGGACCCCAGAAAGCUGUGGCAACAUUACUGUUGGUGAUAUCUAUUGCAAGUUGCAGAGACCUGCAAAGUUGAAAUUAGAAUAUUCCUUCCAAGAAGGAAGGGUUUUGRCCACCAAACAUAGUCAUAAUUCCUUGAAAAAACUUGUGGAAGUGGCUAAAAAUGAGUUUCAUAAUUUCAAAAAUCAAGGAAUUGUAGACAUUACUGGCGYGACAAAUGAAAUGCCUGCACCAAGUUCCAAUGCAACAAGAAAUAUGAGGAAUGSUUCAAAAACGACAAACAAGCUUCCAUUCAUACUGCCUUCGAUUGCUCCCCCUGCUCUGCGUCAAGGAAUAUAUCACACAAGGGUAUCUACAGUAAGCACUGUUAUGAACUCAAAACCAACUACUAGCUUUGUAAAUACUCGGAAAAGACCAAGGAAAAAUCAGCUACCUGUCAAUCCACCACAGAAAGUGAUUCAAAGAACUUUGUUACCAAGGCCAGCGAAUGCUUUGCCGAGAGGUGCUGUUGCUGUCUCGUUUAUACCACAACCAGUAGAGUCAAUUGGUUCUGUUCCUUCRCCAAUGUCGGGUGGGGUUCUUGUAAAUGAUGGCAGCUCCAGAAUUACAACUAAUGCAUCCUCACCAAAACCAGCUCAACUAACUCCAGCCGCUAGCCCUGCAUCAACUGUGGCCCAUUCACCAUCACCUGUAUCAUCACCUUCAGCGAACAUUGUACCUAUUACUACAUCUGAAGCCUCAACCAUCAUUACUACUGUACUUGAGACAGGUGUACAGCAACCUGGAGUAACAAGUGAGACCUUGGAUCUGGGGCAUGUACCUGUAACUAACAAUCUCCUGGGCAGUAUUACUGUCACUUCACAGGACACACACCUUGUUCCUCAAAAGACAAUUGAUACAGGAUUAAGUGAGUUUGUUAGACAUUCUGACGUUGAUCAGCUUGUCAACUCACUACAGCAGUAUACUAGUAACAGUACCUCUGGGCUGGAAUCAGUCAUGGAUUUCUCUACCAACAAUGUCCAGAGCACAAUCCAACUUGAUCCAGUAGUGUCAAUGAGCGAUGAUUCAGGAUCGGAGCUCAUUGCCAGCAUUAUUGGCUUUCAGUCUUUCACUCAAAAUAGUGCUGUUACGUCAGUUGCAUCUGAUACUACUGGGAAGACUGAUAAACCAUCUGAUAUGCCGACACAAAACAUGAACUCACCAAUAGCUGGUUCCUCUUCGUUUUCCUUCUCUACUCCAUCUUUCCACAACAUUCUUAGUUCAUCGAGUAAUGAGACAAUUAUGUCAGUCACCACAACUACAGCACCGUCAAACUUGUUCUUCAACACAGGACCAGAAAAUUCCAGUGAUGGUUUCAAUAGCAAUGGCUCUGGGAAUCUUUUCACAUCACCACCUUUAUCGAUGAUUUCUUCACCAACACCUGAACAACAGUGGCUUAAUGGAGAGGUGCCAGAUAUUUCACUAGGCAGCUUUCUUGCAGUGUYGCCUGAGAAAGAAUCCAAGUUUGGGUUUGAAACUCCUGGUGCAGCCAUGUUUUCCAGCAAAGAUACAUCAUCACAAGAUUCUUUGUUUGGGUCGAAAUCAGUCUUAGAGACUUCACAGGCAGAGAGGGCACUCCAAGCAAUCAUGGAUGAGAACAGUGUUGAUUUUGUCAAGAAAUUUGAAGACCUUACAAAACAAAUAUCAAACACAGAUAAGCCCUUGGUUUCUCUUGGGGAAAACAGUUCUGAUAGCAGUAAUAGCUCAAGUGGGAUGCUCUUCUUCAAAAAUAUAUUGGAAACUGAGACGUGACAAGAAAAAUGCUCCAAGAUUUGUAGAAAUAUGUAUAUUAGAGAAAAGACAUGUAAGGAUAUUGAGGGUGUAAAUGCACAGUAGUGUCUCAAAUUCCAAGAAGGAAAGCAAACAGCAGCAUGGUUCUGGCUUAAUAAUUAUCAAUAGAUAGCAGCUUGAUAUCUCACUGCCAACACUCUGCAAUCUAUAAACGAUGGCUCUUAACUCCAUUGAUUCUACUCCAUUGAUUGAAGUUGCUAUAGAAACAGUAGAGCACAGUAGUAAAUGCAGGUCUUGGCAUCAAGUUUUUGAACGAAGUACCAUGCUAUAAAUGAGCUAUUUUGCUUAACUCUUAAAUAAUUCCCAUGUGACACUUAUCAUGCAUACUCCCUCUGUAUAUUGCCUAUUAUUUCCAUGAAUAGUUAAAAUAUAAUCUGGACACCAACUUUAACUUUACACAGAAAACUGUCAAUCAACGCACAAAGGUGAGAUCAAUCAAUAUAAAUACGUCCCCAUAAAGUAGUAUUUUAUUUAGCCUUAAGCUUGUUCAGUGCAUUUUACAUUUCUUUUGACCAGCGAAUUCCAAAGUUCAUUCUGAAGGUUCAUCUUUAACUAGUUUCUUAGUGACCUUUAAACUUGGUUCUAGAAUAAAUUCAGAAAUAUGUUGGAACUGAAGUUUGCAUGUUAUCUCACAAUGAGCUGUAAUGCAAAAAAAAGCAAUAGUCCAAUACUCCAAUUUAUAGUUCCAUUCCAUGACCACAAAUAAUAGUUCCAAGAUAAAAGAUAAAAACUAUAGUUUUGCUAUGCGUGGAACCCCAACCUCGACUUGAAACUAUCAUUCAUGGUUACUGAACAGAACUGUAAAAUGGAGUAUUUGCAUUUCUUUGCGCUAUCUCGAAAAGUAACCAUGCCUGUGCAUUAAAGCAAGAAUGGCAGUGACCUUGCGAUGAUAGAGACAUGAAUAAUCUUUCAAGGUAUUAAAAAAGGUCUCUAUAAUUGCAAGGUCAGUGUUGUUCUUUCUUUGAUGGACAGGCACAGUUACCUAUCAAGAAAGUGCUAGGAACUGUGAAAAGAACUAUUCUUUCAUGGAGAGUUCAGAAUUUAAUUCCAAUGAAUUUCUUGUUAGCUCGAUGGAAGUUGACUUUGGAAUAUUUGGACGAACUUUGGAAUCCAAAAGUCAUUCAUAACACCCUGUAAUUAAGGAAUAUUAUUGAAGAUUUUAUAAUCAUGAUGGUUAUUCUUGAAUUUAAUUAAUUCAAAACUGUUGAAUGUUUGUGUUUCAUGAACCUUAGAGAAGUUCUAAAACUCAAAAUUGUUAUUACUGUGAGUAGGUUUUUUAGCCACAACUGAACAGCUGUACAAAGAAAGAUAACGUUAGCUUUAAAGUUUAUGAAGGGAACAUUUCCCUCUAUGUUCUGGUUUUACAUUUGUCAAAAUGUCCUGUGUUCUGUCUGCAUUUGUAGAGAUUAUAUUAUUAUAUCAUUAAAUAAUGACAGUAUCCUUUUAA